GUUGAGUUUGUGUUGUCGUUGGAGGAAGAAGGGAGAUAGGAGAGGGGGGGGAUCGGUAUUACAGCAGAGCGAGCGUGAGAGCUUUCUGGGGGGAAUCCAAUAUGGCAUCGGGCGAUACGCUCUACAUUGAAACAGAUGGCUCGGAAAUGCCGGCCGAGAUAGUCGAGCUUCACGAAAUCGAGGUGGAGACCAUACCAGUGGAGACCAUCGAGACGACGGUGGUCGGUGGAGACGACGACGACGACGAGCACCACCAGCCCAUGAUAGCCUUGCAGCCUCUGGUCACUGAUGAUCCGAACCAGGUUCACCACCACCAAGAGGUGAUCUUGGUGCAGACCCGGGAGGAGGUGGUGGGUGGGGAUGACUCGGACCUCCGUGCAGAUGACAGUUUCGAGGACCAGAUCCUCAUACCUGUCCCGGUACCUGCUGCAGAAGAGGAAUAUAUCGAGCAGACUUUGGUGACUGUAGCCGGGAAGAGCUCUUCAGUGGGGAGGGUGAAGAAAGGGGGAGGCGGCAGCGGGAAGAAAGCGGGUAAAAAAAGCUAUCUGAGUGCAGCGGAGGCCAGCGGUAGAAAAUGGGAACAAAAACAAGUGCAAAUAAAGACUUUGGAAGGGGAGUUUUCAGUUACGAUGUGGGCUUCAGAUGACAAGAAGGACAUCGACCAUGAAACAGUGGUGGAGGAGCAGAUCAUUGGGGAGAACUCCCCUCCAGAUUACUCAGAGUACAUGACUGGGAAGAAGCUUCCUCCAGGAGGCAUUCCAGGCAUCGACCUCUCAGACCCCAAACAGCUGGCCGAAUUCGCCAGGAUGAAGCCACGGAAAGUCAAAGAGGAUGACGCCCCUAGGACGAUAGCCUGUCCCCACAAAGGAUGCACAAAGAUGUUCAGGGACAACUCAGCGAUGAGGAAGCACUUGCACACCCACGGCCCACGCGUCCAUGUCUGCGCAGAGUGCGGGAAGGCCUUCGUGGAGAGCUCCAAACUCAAGCGGCAUCAGCUUGUUCACACCGGAGAGAAGCCUUUCCAGUGCACAUUUGAGGGCUGUGGCAAGCGGUUCUCCCUGGACUUUAACUUGCGCACGCACGUGCGGAUUCACACGGGAGACCGGCCCUACGUCUGCCCCUUCGACGGCUGCAAUAAGAAGUUCGCCCAGUCCACCAACCUGAAGUCUCACAUCUUAACGCAUGCUAAAGCCAAAAACAACCAGUGAGUCGGGGGGAGUUGGGGGGGGGGGGGACACUCCCCCUGCAUCUGUGACACGACACCAUCUUAACACAAAUGUUCAAAAAGAAAUAUGAAAACCCCCCCUUUGUAUAUUGUUUCUAGGAAAAAUGUUUUAAAAGAAAAUAACCUUACAGACUUUUUGAUAAGUAUGGAGACAUGAGAAUAAAAUGAAGCUAUGUUUCUCCUUUCCCAGUGUUUUGUCCCCUGACAGAAGAACCCCAUCCCUCUGUUUCACUAUGUUGUAUUCAUGACAAAAACUUAGACUCGCACCUAAUGGACAAUUCUUUAUAUAACAGAGCCCAAAGGAAAACUUGGUCCGGGUUUUUCAAUCAAGAAUAGUUUUCAUCCCUGUGCAUAUUGAAAAUAAUUGCUUUUUAAUUUUGUAUUUUUUUUUUCUCCAAGUGUGCAUAUUGUACACUUAUUUUGGGAUGUGCUUAGUGAUGUGUGUUUUUUUUUUUUCCCCUGAAGAUUGAAAUCUGCUUGUGAUAGUUCUUGGAAGAGAAUUGGCCAUUACUGUACUACAUGCAUACUUCGAAUGUGUUUUCUUCUGUUUUGUUUAUUUUGGGUGUAUUCUUUACUCAUUUUGUAUAACUGUAUCGUACAGCUGUAUUGAGAUCAUGUAGACACUUAAUAGCAAUGUGAUUUAGAUAAUGUUACCUGAUUAAAACCUAUUUUAGCCAUGACACUUUUUAAAGAAUUAUUCCUGACAUGAACUGUCAGGUGCAAAAUAAGAAAAGUGUACUGUUUUUUCACUGCAAGGCCUGUCUCAAGUUUGUUACACAAUACUCACAAAAACAAGUUAGUGGUGAUUGGUUGCAUUUUUAGAAUGUAUUGUACAGGCAGCAUUAAUUAACCCUUAUUAAUUUGUACAUCCAGUGUACUUCAGUGGCCAACAAUAAAACUGGUCUAAAAGCAA